GUUUUUGUUUUGGGUUGAAGUUGAGGCUGAGGAGAGAGCCGAGCUAUAGACGAGCAGUCCUCGCGGCCGCUGGAGCCGCGGGAGGUGGCGGAGGCCCCGCAGUAGCCUAGAAGUCUCUGCUGCCCGUCGUACACCCCCUGCUUUUCCCCUUCGCUGCCGGCUCCCGGUCCCGGAACUCUCGGGCCUGCCCUGGGCCCCUGUGUUUGCACUCCGCACGCCGCAGCGCCCGGCCCGGGCCGCACCCGCCGGCCCCAUGAGGAGAGACGUGAACGGAGUGACCAAGAGCAGGUUUGAGAUGUUCUCAAAUAGUGAUGAAGCUGUAAUCAAUAAAAAACUUCCCAAAGAACUCCUAUUACGGAUAUUUUCUUUUCUGGAUGUUGUUACCUUGUGUCGCUGUGCUCAGGUCUCCAGGGCCUGGAAUGUUCUGGCUUUGGAUGGCAGUAACUGGCAACGAAUUGACCUGUUUGAUUUCCAGAGAGAUAUUGAGGGUCGAGUAGUGGAGAAUAUUUCAAAACGAUGUGGGGGCUUUUUACGAAAGUUAAGUCUUCGUGGGUGUCUUGGAGUAGGAGACAAUGCAUUAAGGACCUUUGCUCAGAACUGUAGGAACAUUGAAGUGUUAAAUCUAAAUGGGUGUACAAAGACUACAGACGCUACAUGUACUAGCCUUAGCAAGUUCUGUUCCAAACUCAGGCAUCUUGACUUGGCUUCCUGUACAUCAAUAACAAACAUGUCUCUCAAAGCUCUGAGUGAGGGGUGUCCACUGUUGGAGCAGUUGAACAUUUCCUGGUGUGAUCAAGUAACCAAGGAUGGCAUUCAAGCACUAGUAAGAGGCUGUGGGGGUCUCAAGGCCUUAUUCUUAAAAGGCUGCACACAGUUGGAAGAUGAAGCUCUCAAGUACAUAGGUGCACACUGCCCUGAACUGGUGACUUUGAACUUACAGACUUGCUUACAAAUCACAGAUGAAGGUCUCAUUACUAUUUGCAGAGGGUGCCAUAAGUUACAGUCCCUCUGUGCCUCUGGCUGCUCCAACAUCACAGAUGCCAUCCUGAAUGCUCUAGGUCAGAACUGCCCUCGACUUAGAAUAUUAGAAGUGGCAAGAUGUUCUCAAUUAACAGAUGUGGGCUUUACCACUCUAGCCAGAAAUUGCCAUGAGCUUGAAAAGAUGGACCUGGAAGAAUGUGUUCAGAUAACAGAUAGCACGUUAAUCCAACUUUCUGUACACUGUCCUCGACUUCAAGUAUUGAGUCUAUCUCACUGUGAACUGAUCACAGAUGAUGGAAUUCGUCACCUAGGAAAUGGGGCCUGCGCCCAUGACCAGCUGGAGGUGAUUGAGCUGGACAACUGCCCACUAAUCACAGAUGCAUCCUUGGAGCACUUGAAGAGCUGUCACAGCCUUGAGCGGAUAGAACUAUAUGACUGCCAGCAAAUCACACGGGCUGGAAUCAAGAGACUCAGGACCCAUUUACCCAAUAUUAAAGUCCAUGCCUACUUCGCACCUGUCACUCCACCCCCAUCAGUAGGGGGCAGCAGACAGCGCUUCUGCAGAUGCUGCAUCAUCCUAUGACAAUGGAGGUGGUCAACUUUGGUGAACUGAAUAUUUAACUGACACUUCUAGAGUUACCGUGGAGUCUCUCCAGAGGAAGCAACCUGUGUUCUGGACAAGGAUUACAAAGUGAGGGCAGUGUUCAGAUCCCCAGAGCCACACAUACAUAUGCAUACACACCCUUACUCCCAUCCACUCUAGCUGUGACCAUGGGACUAAAAUUUGUGCUGGCUUUAAGUGGAUUGGUAAAACUUAACCAUUUCUGUUGGACAUGCCCGGAAGAAAAUCAUAGGCCAAGGUAGAGGGAGGGGGCAUUCCAGCAAACCCAUUGUUACUGCUACUGUGGUUUCUUUAUUUUGUUAAGGGGUUUCUUUGGGGAUUUUGGAACAGUAACUACAGUCCUUCAGGGUCAAGGGAAGCAUGGAAAAACAACAAAUGAUGUAUCCAGGGACCAGAAAGAAAAUUUAUUUGCAUCCUAGAAAUGGUAGCCAUCCAUUUUAAGAUGACUACAGAGCUUCUGUGCUUCCUGUUUCUAUGCCAACAUGCUGAGCAUGCUCACAAAGAAGGCUUGUCCAUUCCUGCCGUGUUUUAGUAUUUGGCCCAGGGGUUUCCUAAAUGGCUACACUGAAAUCACUGUGGUCCAAAUAUGAUUACUUAUUCACUCAAAUUGUCACUAUCUGUAUCACACUUAUGCAUCUGUCUUCCUUUCUCCCUUCCUGCACUUUUGCUCAGUCUGUCAUACCUGUUCAUAGUCUGUCUACUCACACUCAACUGUUACUCUUUUGUGUUUACAGUUUGCAUUUUGAAUGAUUAGUUGGGGUUAUCAAACAUUUUUGGAAAAAAAAAACAUCAAUAAAUAUUUUUUUAAUUCUAAAUUUUACCAUUAGGGGACCCUGCCUGAAUCUUUGCCAGUCUGAGGGAGAUCUUAACAAAAGUAAGAAAAGUUAUGAGAAGAAAUCAAGCUAAACCUAUUUUGAUGAAAACAAACUUUGCCUUUUCAUUUCUGUUUUAUCUUACGAUACAUGAUAAUUUACAUGAUAUCCCCAGUAUUCCCUUUGCAAAUUUUUUGUCAACCUCCACUAACUUAUUAGAGAAAUGCAGUUAGUGAAGAGUAGAUGGCAGAUCCCAAAACAGCCUGAAAAGUACCAACCAACCAAGCUCAGACGUUAACGAUUAACAUUAUCAUAUGUUCACUGAAUCUGGGCAUGAUUAUCUAACUUGUGUCUGAGAGGUUAUUUUGUUUAUCAGGAAUGCUGCUAGAGGAUCUGUGCAGACUAGCCAGUCAGUUUCUUUUUUCCCCCAUCAUAGCUCAUCAGGAAUAUAAGAAUGGCCAUAUAACAUCAGUGUUAACAGGGUAAGUAGCCAAGUGAAGGCAUUGGAGCAGCUGAAAGAACACCCUGAGAGGAAGUAGAGUUUAAUGUCUGUCCAGGCACCAGAGCUGAAGGAAGGAGUUCAGAACCCAUGAUUCAAAGUCCAAAAAAAAGUCUCCCCCACAAAGAAAAUCAUAGAGGAUGAGGGAAAAUUUCAGAAGAUUUCUGAACCCCAAGGUUAGAAACCUUAUGUAAUUUUUUUAAUAGGGUGAUUUGGGGCAAGGGAUCUUUUAAGACAUUGAUGUGCAAUCCACUAUGAUAUUAGAUCAUCUUUUGAAUGAUCCUUAUUAUUAAAAGCCUUUUUUUUAAAUGCCGAAGGUACUAGUUCUACCAGCAUAUAUAAGAAAAAGUCUGAUUUAUUUAUCCCAUUGAUGUAGAAAAUGAUCAAAUGAAAGGGUCCACAUUAAAUGUAUUUUACCACAUUAAA